AUGCUUCUCCCGGCGUUUACUGCAGCACUCCUCGGUGCGUCGAGUGUCGCGGGCUGGGGAACCAUUGUUGCCCAAACCUAUACUGGCAAGCAAUGCACUGGUCGCAUCCAUGAGCUUUACCACGACGAGAAGUGCGCCCCUUACGAUCCGGAUGCCGCUUCGAUCCUCAUGUACGGAAACGCCAAAUGCUACGUUUACGGCGCCGGAGGCUGCGAAGGGGAUUACAAGGAAGUAGACUCGUCCAAGGGGUGCCACUCGAUGAAAGAAUACUGGGGGACGAACUCAAUGUACUGCGUGCUCACGGAGCAGAAGUAA